GCUUUUUGCAGACAAAACCCUGAAACUCUCUCUAACAUGAUGAUGGCUCCCAAGCUGUGUUCUGACAGAUGGGUACUUCCUCAGCUGUCACAGGCCUAUGGAAAGACUCCAAUCAAUGUGUGCUGUAAGUUAUCAAUGAACAAUCAUCUUUCUUCUGAACCGCGCCACACAGCAAGGCAUUGUCUCUUCGGUGGUGCCGUAUUUCCUGGCAGUGUGGGAUGCAAAGCGUGUGCAGGAAGCAGUCAUACUGUGGUUUUACACCGGAGCUCAGGUUGCCUCUUAUGAAUAUGCAUGAUGGGACUGCUGCUCUGGCCUCCUGAAUUUACAUGAGCUAAACUUAACCCCCACAAACCCUUCGCCUGCCUAGCACUUCUGGAAGACGUUCCUUCAGGAAGUUUGAAAAAGCCCUGAUUAUUCAUCAUCAUGGUUACCUGGUAAUGAAUCCUUGUGGCAGGCCACAGCUGUUCCAUCUAAUCAUCGACAUAACCAAACCAGGAGACACAGUAUAGCUUCUGACAGUGGGGACACUGGCAUCGGAACUUCCUGUUCUGACAGUGUGGAAGAUCAUUCAACUUCAAGUGGCACAUUAUCGUUUAAGCCUAGUAGAUCAUUGGUUACUCUUCCUACUGCCCAUGUGAUGCCAUCCAACUCCAGUGCUUCAAUUUCCAAACACAGGGAAUCAUCAGAUGGCACAAAAUGGACUACCAGCUUCUUGCAGGCAUUGAGAGACCAGAGCAGGGGGCAGCAAGACGCCUCACUGGACAUGAAGGACUUUCGGCCUCUUCGGAAGUGGUCAUCUUUGUCUAAACUCACGGGCCCAGACAACUGCAAGGAGAGUGGCACUGCGCAUGCUGAAGAGUCUAGGAAUGCUUUGGAGACGGGGCGGGGCAAGGUUUUACCAUCACAACUAAGGACAGUGGGGCCUAGCUGCUUACAUGACAGUAUGGAGAUGCUUAAGCUAGAAGACAAGGAAAUCAGUAAAAAACGAUCAUCCACGCUGGACUGCAAGUAUAAAUAUGAGAGCUGUAGCAAAGAGGACUUCAGAGCCGCCUCCGCUCUAAGGAGACAGACCUUAGACAUGACAUACAGUGCCUUACCUGAAAGCAAGCCCAUUAUGAUGAGCUCAGAGGCCUUUGAGCCUCCCAAAUACCUAGGACUGGGUCAGCAGGCAGUCGGGGGAGUUCCCAUUCAGCCUUCUGUGAGGACUCAGAUGUGGCUUACUGAGCAGCUGCGGACAAACCCUUUGGAAAGUAGAACUACCGAGGACUCCUACAGUUUAACUCCUUGGCAGCAACAGCAGCAAAUCGAAGAGUUUCGGCAAGGAAGUGAAACACCAAUGCAGGUUUUGACUGGAUCAUCUCAUCAAAGUUACUCACCUUCUGACUAUCAAGAUUUCAGUAAGUGGGAAUCAGUGCUGAAAAUAAAAGAAGGACUUCUAAGGCAAAAAGAAAUUGUAAUUGAUCGACAGAAGCAACAAAUUACUCACCUACAUGAGAGGAUAAGGGAUAAUGAAUUACGGGCCCAGCAUGCCAUAUUAGGACAUUAUGUGAAUUGUGAUGAUUCUUACGUGGCUUCAUUGCAGCCACAGUAUGAGAAUACUGCACUUCAGACUCCGUUUUCAGAGCAGUCAGUGUCCCAUUCCCAGCAAGACGAACUUGAGCAAAAGCUUGCAUCUACUGAGAAAGAGAUUUUACAGCUCAAUGAGUUUCUCAAACAACGAAUGAACCAAUUUAGUGAAGAGAAGAAGAAAUUGGAGGAAAAGCUUAAAACCAGAGACAGAUACAUCAGUAGUCUGAAAAAGAAAUGCCAGAAGGAAUCUGAACAAAACAAAGAAAAGCAGAGAAGAAUUGAGACUUUGGAAAAGUAUCUGGCUGAUCUUCCCACUCUGGAUGAUGUACAGAGUCAGAGUCUGCAGCUGCAGGUUCUAGAAGAAAAAAAUAAAAAUUUGCAAGAAACCUUGAUGGAGACAGAAAAAAAGCUUGAAGAGAUCAAAAAGCAGUGUCAAGAUAAAGACGCACAGUUAAUAUGCCAGAAAAAGAAGGAAAAGGAGUUAGUAACUACUGUUCAAAGUUUGCAACAAAAAGUAGAAAGAUGCCUUGAAGAUGGAAUCCGCCUUCCCAUGUUAGAUGCAAAGCAGCUUCAGAAUGAAAAUGAUAAUCUCAGAGAACAAAAUGAGACUGCUAGUAAGAUAAUAGACAGCCAGCAAGAUGAGAUUGACAGAAUGAUUGUAGAAAUUCAGUCAAUGCAAGGAAAACUUUCUAAAGAAAAAUUGACAACUCAAAAGAUGAUGGAAGAUCUGGAAAGGAAAGAAAGAAACCUGCAGAGAUUAACAAAGGCAUUACUUGAAAACCAAAGACAAACAGAAGACACGUGCCCUUUAUUGGAUCAGGGCCACGAAGGCGACCAGUCUAAGCAGCAGACCGUGCUUUCUAAGCGGCCACUAUUUGAUUUGUCUGUAAUUGAUCAGCUGUUCAAGGAAAUGUCCUAUUGUUUGUUUGACUUGAAAGCAUUGUGUAGUAUUCUUAAUCAGCGUGCUCAGGGCAAAGAGCCAAAUCUUUCAUUAUUACUAGGAAUCAGAUCAAUGAGUUGUUCAGCAGAAGAGACUGAGAAUGACCACAGCCCAGAAACGCUCACUAAAAAGCUAUCAGAUGUGUGCCAGUUACGGAGAGAUAUUGAUGAGUUAAGGACUACAAUAUCAGACCGCUAUGCUCAGGAUAUGGGAGACAACUGCAUUACCCAGUGAUCAAGUAUUGGUCCCACAGCAAUAAUGACCCAUUGUGAAAUGCUGCUGUGUUUCAGUUCUUCACCUUUGUAUUUAGUAUUUACCGUGGAAUGUUGCAAGUGACAUAUGACUUGCAUGUAGGUUUUUUCCCCUCUCUGUGGAUGGUUUUUACUUAAUUGAGGGGAAAAGAUGUGAGAUUUUAAAAGAGCUUGUCUAAUCAGGCAAAAAUGUCAAAUUGUCAUUUGAAAAUUGCGAUAAAGUCUAAAAAAAAAAUUGUAUUCUGUAACUACUGAUUGGUAGGACCAAGCUGUGAAAGAAUGUCCUUCAGGUAAAGGGAAAAAAUUUCUUUGAAGCCUAGAAAUUUGUAUUUGUAAGUGCAUGUUUGUAUAGUGUAUGCUUGUGUGCGUGCGUGUGUGUGUGUGUGUGUACACUUUCUUUACAGAAUCUUAAGGAUUUCUAGGAUUAAAGCAAAACUCAGAAAGGCACACAUUAUUUAUUUGUAUAUUUCUUUGGUAUAGAAGCUAGUGUAUACUUCAGAGUUUUCAACAGUUGUCCGAACAAGAGAUGCAGUAGCAGUGAUCUAGCAGUGCAAAUGGUAUUUUGAACAAUUGCUCUGCUAGAAUGAUGACAUUAUGGAACUGAGUCAAUGUUAGUACUGUCGAUAGGUUAGCUGUUUUUCCAGAGUGAUUGUGGAUGCCUUAGAGGUAUGAAAUUUUGUUAUGACAAGCUUUUUCAUUAGUAUUAUAAUUUGUGUAUCACAAGGAAGUUGACUUUAAUUUUCAUAUCCCUUGCUAUUUAUAGUUUUAUUUUAUCUGUCAUUAGACAAAGCCAUACAUUACUAAAUGCAAACCUCUUAAAGUAUGGUAUAAUUAUUGUAAAAGAAAGAUUAACACAGUGACUCUGGAACAAUGGCUUAUUUAUCCAAAUCUCAACGUUUACAUUUUAACAGUUUUCUAUCUAUCUAGAGUUGAAACUAUUUUGAAAAGAAAAGAAAAAAAAAACAGCACAUAUUCUUUGUAUCUAAAUUUACAUUAGCAUAUAUCUACACUUAGGUGAUAUUAAUUCCCUUUAGUAGAUAAUAUUCAAAACAGGGUCCUUCAAUGACUAUGAAUUUGGCUAGUUUAGCUGUUCAUCUGGAGUACAGGGUAUUGCUAUGAAAUGCAACUGAUCAUUAAGCAGAUGCAGAAUCUUUUACACUUCCAAGUGAAUAGAGUUCAUGUGCUAGUUGAUAUUUUGGGAAGACCGUAUAUUUUGACCUUCAGAGCAUCUACUUAUGCUAUUUUGGUAAUGCUUUCUUAUGGUAAAAUAUCGUCCUCUGAUGUUGAUUUGAUUUCUUGAUGUAGCCGAGUCUAGUUUGAGUGAGACUAAGUAAGAGGUGGAGGAGUAAUGUGUAUGAAUCAGACAAGGUGACAUUGUGGUGAUCAAGACCAGAUUAUGUGUGUUUUCUUGUCAGGUUUUUGUAUUCUUAUAAAGGCUGUUUCUGGGAAAUAUUUUUCUUAAACCUAUUUUCAACAGUGGUAGCAAAUGUGGGACGAAGUCUUCAAAGACACUACCUAGAGAAACAGUUUGAACUUUUGGCUUAUAUACAGUCCUCGUUAAGUUGUUUUACAGUCAUAUAUGAACAGCUACAAUUCAUUCAUAAAGACAUCAGAUUUCCCUUCCAUGCAGUGCCUGAGUCCUCCGUGCCCUUCUUUCUUCUUAGAUUUGGGCGCUAAGCUAAAAUCAGUGCUUAGUAGGGAUUUUAUGCCCCAAGUCCUGUAAGCUAAGGAGAGAUUUAGUCACUGUAAGAACUUGACUUUAUAUUGUUUUGCUUGAUUUUUUCAUGUUUGUAAUUUGACCAGUCAAGGAAUAAUACAGUUGUGUCAGGAAUCCGAGGCAAAGAAUUAUGCUUUGCAAAAUUAAUUUCUGUGAAAAUGGCCCUGUGCGGUAGGACAGUUAGUAACAUCUUAUGCAGACUGGCCAUAAGUGUGGCAAACAUUUUUACAUUGACUUUUACUAGAAUCCCUCCCUGCUACCAUGGCUUUGAAAUAAAAGCACACUAAAAUAAUAGAAAUAAUGAACAAAUAAUUCCUCAUUUGACUCCAUAGGUCCUUUAAUUAGUCACCAUCCAAAGUUUCUAGUGUAUGCUUUGAUGUUUUAUGAUUGUUGUUGUGAACAAAUUUUAGAUACUUGUUUUAAUCUGUUAGAAACAUUUUUUUUUCUGGCUUACUUGGGAUAAAAUAUAGUUUCCUUUGUUUUUGUAAGUUAAUGAGGGUAGCUGAUAAAAUUUCAAAUAGUUGAAGACUAAAGUACUUUUGAUGCAUUUCAGUUUCUCACAGGUAUAAUUCUUUUUUUAAAGAUGUGAUAAUUUUACUAUAAUUUUUAAUUACAAAUGUUAAUCUUUUGGAGUUUGGAGUUUAUAAAGUAGCCUUGAUAACAAGUAGACAGUUUCAGGACAUUUUGGGGAAGUGAAACCAAUCAUAUUUGACCUUAUCAGUAUUUAUUUUUUUACUUUUAUUUUUCUGAAAAUUACUCUAUCCUAAAACACCCUCCUCUAUGAUAUUGGUAUUACAUUGAAAAAAGAUUUUUGUAUUAAUCCAGGUAAGAUGAGCAAAUAGUAGCCCGGUAGCUUCUCACCCCAAUUUAAAUUGUGGUACCGUACGGGGAAGUUAGUACAAUGACAUAUGCCUGAAAUAAAAAUUAACCUAAAGUUUAAGUAAAUCUAUUUGAAAAUUUCUGUAGAUAAUGAACCUUCUUUUAAAUGAUGCUUCUGUGAAUCAAAUGUCCUCUUAGGAAAUAUCUCAUAGAACAUUAGUUUAUUAUUGGUCAUUGGGCAUUGAGGUUGAGCUUGUUCUGCCUCAGUUAGUUUCCAGCAGAGGUAAAGUAACAGUUUUCGCAGUGAAUGACUCAAAUAACUCAUGCAGAUGGAACUAACUUCAUUUAAUUAAAAAAAAAAAAAGGAUGAGUUUAUUUAAGCUGAUGGCAGGUUUUUGGUGGCCUCUAAUUUUUAAAAAAGCAUAAGUAUGGGUUAGGUAAGAUGUCCAUGAACUUAUUUUUAAAUGUGUGGGCCCUCUUAAUAUGUGAAAUAGAAUUCAGUAUUUCUUGUUAGCAGUAUUAUACUUGAAAUACUUUUUGUUCAUGACAAUACAUUUAAAUUGAACUAGACUCAUUUCAAUAACUUGUUAGGUAUGUUCUCAAGGGCUGUAAAGGUUUGUUUUAAAAUUAACAAGCUUAAAAAUUAAUUCUAUCAUUGUGCAACACUUAAUAGCAAUCUCCCAGAGGAUAUUUUUAAAAGAACUACUUUAUUGAUGAAAUGUAUACAUACCAGUAAUAGUUCGUUGAGCGACAUAACUUGAGAACCUGGACAUAUUUAUACAUAGCAUGGUUCAGAUCAGGCACACCUUUCGUUUGGAUUAUUGGCAUUUUCUUAUGUUUAUUUCUAUCUUUGUAGAUUUGUGAUUACAAUAGUAAGCAUCCAUGAUCAUUCAGACAGGCUGUAUGAAACUGCCAGUAGCUGAGGCUGUCAGAUCCAAAAAUUCAUUCAUUUUGUUUUCUUUGUUGAUAGUUUUCUUCAGUAUUCACAAAGCAAGAGAAAUUACUUCCUAUUUGUUAUAAAGACUAAAAUUUCCAACUUUUCCCCAAAAUGGCAUGAGUGGUAUAUUGCUAUAUGAUUUUAUCAUUUUUUAAUCAUGAAGGGGAAAGGUUUUGGGUUUUUCCUUAUUGUUAAGAAAUAUUGAAACUAAUAGUAAGAACGUAGUCUCAGAUCAGUAAGUCAUUAGCAGCACUGUGACAGCUGCAUACAGAGAGAACUUUUGUGCCUUUUUGCCUGAAGCAAGCAUUCAUUUCUUUUUAUAUUAGCUGUUAGAUUGCUGAUAAUUAUUGCACCUUGUUGUUCUGCAAAUAGACUUAAAGACUUUUUUGUAAGCAAGGAGCAGUUUUUGUUAUUAAGUGGGUACCUUUGUAAACAUGAGAGGAGUUACUGGCUGUGUCUUUGGAGCCCAGUCUUUCUUCGCUGUAUAGUGAAUGGAAAACUUAAGAAUGUAUUCAUUUGUGUGUGUGUAUAUAUAUAUGUGUGUGUAUGUGUAUAUAUGUACAUAUAUGUAUAGUUAUUUAAAUAUAUUGACAAAAUUCAGCAUCACAUUGAUGUGAUGACAAGAAGUUAUAAGGUGCUAGGUGGUUACAUCACAAGCACAGUAGAGAGUGUAAUCGGUCUCUAAGACUGGUGGUUUUGUAAACCAGGUUCAGUUAUUGAGCCACCCAGAAUACCUCGUGUAAAUAGAAUGUUCAUGACUUAACUGAAAUACAGUUAGUGUAAAAAAGAAUGUGAAGCCACUGGUUGGCUUAUGCCUCCGGAUCUAUAUUCUUACCUCUUUCUUUUUAUAAAGGGGUUGUUUUGUUUUUUCAAUAGCGUUUACAGCUAGAAUUUUGAAUGCCAAAGUUCUAUUUAUUAAAUUAAAGUUUUCACUGUUAAUGGCUUGUAUUUUUCCACUGGACUAUUGUUUGUCAAUGUUGGAAUUUGUAUUUACAGAGAAAUAAAUUUUUUAAUAAAAA